AUGGAGAAGGGAGCCGGAGGGAAGUGGGGCAGCGGCUCCUUUAAACGAGUUUCCAUCAAACGCUCGGCAUCCAGUGCCUCCAAUAAGGCCCAGAAAGCGUGGAUCGAGAGGAUUUUUCAGAAGAGAGAAUGUAUUCACAUAUUCCCCAGCAAGGACCCUACAAGAUGUUCGUGUGGUCAGCUCAUAACGCAGCACGUGGUGAUCCCGCUGGGCGCUCUGACCAACAAGCUGUCGGAAGAGAACCAUCAGCUAGUCCAGAUCGACCCGCCCCAGCAGGAGAGGUGGUCUGUGGCCAGAAACACACAGACCUCCCCCACGGAUGCCUUCGGGACCAUCGACUUCCAGGGUGGAGGCCUCAUCAACAAGGCAAUGUACAUCAGAGUGUCCCAUGACUCUAAGCCAGACAAUCUGCUCCAACUGAUGGUGAAAGACUGGCAGCUGGAACUCCCCAACCUGCUCAUCUCCAUCCACGGAGGCCUGCAGAACUUUGACCUGCAGCCCAAACUCAAACAGGUGUUAGGGAAGGGACUCAUCAAGGCUGCAGUCACCACCGGAGCAUGGAUCUUCACUGGUGGAGUCAGCACUGGUGUGAUUCGUCACGUGGGGGAUGCCCUGAAGGACCACUCCUCUAAGUCCAGAGGGAAGGUAUGUGCCAUCGGCAUCGCUCCCUGGGGCAUCAUAGAGAACAAGGAGGACCUCAUCGGUAGAGAUGUAACACGGCCGUACCAGACCAUGUCCAACCCGCUGUCCAAGCUGUCUGUCCUGAACAACAGCCACUCCCACUUCAUCCUGGCCGACAACGGCACUACAGGGAAGUACGGAGCGGAGGUGAAGCUACGCCGCCAGCUGGAAAAACACAUCUCACUGCAGAAGAUCAACACACGCCUGGGCCAGGGGGUCCCGUUGGUGUGUCUGAUAGUAGAGGGAGGUCCUAAUGUCAUCUCCAUCACCCUGGAGAGUCUGAAGGAGGAACCUCCCGUCCCCGUGGUGGUCUGUGAUGGCAGCGGGAGGGCAUCGGACAUCAUGUCCUUCGCUCACAAAUACUGCGAGGAGGGAGGUCUGAUAACUGACGACGUGAGGGACCAGCUGCUGGUGACCAUACAGAAGACCUUCAACUAUAGUAAGAGCCAAUCACAGCAGAUCCUGCUCAUGGUCAUGGAGUGCAUGAAGAAGAAGGAGCUGAUAACAGUGUUUCGAAUGGGUUCUGAAGGACAGCAAGAUAUUGAAAUGGCCAUUCUGACUGCUUUAUUAAAAGGAACCAAUGCCUCUGCCCCGGACCAGCUGAGUCUAGCUCUGGCCUGGAACAGAGUGGACAUAGCACGCAACCAGAUCUUUGUCUACGGUCACCAUCUACCACCUGCCAGUGCCCUAGCUAACAGCAGUGGUACCGUAGCCACUACCACAGAGAGGCCGAAGAGUCCAGCCGCUGCCCCCAGGAACAAGGCCAAGGCCCGGGGGAAAAAGGGGAAGGGAGGGAAGGCCAAGCCUGAACCACCAGAGGAGACUGACCCUAGGAAGAUAGAACUAAUGCGAUGGGUGAACUCUCUGGAGCAGGCCAUGAUGGAUGCCUUGGUGCUGGACAGGGUGGACUUUGUCAAGCUGCUGAUAGAGAACGGCGUCAACAUCCACCACUUCCUCACCAUCCCUCGCCUGGAGGAGCUGUACAACACGAGACUGGGUCCUGCUAACACGUUGCAUGUUGUGGUGAGAGAUGUCAAGAAGGGCAACCUCCCGCCAGACUACCAGAUCACUCUGAUUGACAUUGGUCUGGUGAUGGAGUACCUGAUGGGUGGGGCGUACCGCUGUAACUACACCAGGAAGAACUUCAGGGCGCUUUACAACAACCUCUACGGGCUGAAGAGGCCAAAAGCCUUGAAGAUGCUGGGGCUGGAGGACGACGAGCCGAGGGGAAAGAAGAAGAAAGGGAAGAAGAAGAAAGAGGAGGAGGUAGAGAUAGAUGUGGACGACCCUGAGGUCUGUCGCUUCACCUACCCCUUCCACGAGCUGAUGGUGUGGGCAGUUCUCAUGAAGCGCCAGAAGAUGGCGCUGUUUCUGUGGCAACGUGGGGAGGAGGCCAUGGCCAAGGCUCUGGUGGCCUGUAAGCUAUACACAGCCAUGGCUAAAGAGUCAUCUGAACUGGUGGACGACAUCGCCCAGGACCUGGACAACAACUCCAAGGAGUUUGGCCAGCUUGCCUACGAGCUCCUGGACCAGUCCUAUAAGCACGAUGAACAGGUGGCCAUGAAGCUGCUGACGUAUGAGCUGACCAACUGGAGCAACUCUACCUGUCUGAAGCUGGCCGUGGCCGCCAAGCACAGAGACUUCAUCGCCCACACCUGCAGUCAGAUGCUGCUGACCGACAUGUGGAUGGGAAAUCUGAGAAUGGGGAAGAACCCUGGGCUUAAGGUGAUUCUGGGCAUCAUAUUCCCUCCAUCAAUUCUGCUGCUGGUGGACUUCAAAGGAGAAGACCAGUCCUACACAGCUGACUCUGAAGAAGGGAAAGACAAGGACGAUGACGCUGGCAAGGAUGACGUUGUGUCAAGGAAGGGGGAUGAAGAGGAGGGCAGCAGUAAUGUCAGGAGGAAGCCCAUUGGACGGAGGAUCUAUGAGUUCUAUGAUGCCCCGUUCACCAAGUUCUGGUUCAACACCAUCUCCUACCUGGGCUACCUGAUGCUGUAUAACUACAUAAUCCUGGUGAAGAUGGAGCGAUGGCCGUCCAUCCAGGAGUGGACCGUCAUUGCCUACAUCCUAACGCUCGGCUUCGAGAAAGUCAGACAGAUCCUAAUGUCAGAGCCUGGGAAGCUGAAGCAGAAGAUCAACGUAUGGCUGCAAGAGGUCUGGAACAUCACUGACCUGGCAGCCAUCUCCACCUUCCUGGUUGGUCUUCUGCUGAGGCUGCAGAACGAACCCCUCCUGGGCAUCGGACGUGUCAUCUACUGCAUAGACAUCAUCUUCUGGUACAUCAGGGUGCUCGACAUCUUCGGGGUCAACAAGUACCUGGGACCCUAUGUCAUGAUGAUUGGGAAAAUGAUGAUCGACAUGCUGUACUUCGUGAUAAUCAUGUUGGUGGUGUUGAUGAGUUUCGGGGUGUCGCGGCAGGCCAUCUUGCACCCUGAUGAGGAGCCAACAUGGCGUUUGGCCAGGAACAUCUUCUACAUGCCCUACUGGAUGAUCUAUGGAGAGGUGUUUGCUGACUCGAUCGACCUCUAUGCAAUGGAAAUCAACCCGCCGUGUGGUGAGAACCUGUACGAUGAGGAUGGUAAGAAGCUGCCUCCGUGUAUCCCUGGAGCCUGGCUGACCCCGGCCAUCAUGGCCUGUUAUUUACUGGUGGCCAACAUCCUGCUGGUCAACCUGUUGAUUGCUGUCUUCAACAACACUUUUAUGGAGGUGAAGGCCAUCUCCAACCAGAUCUGGAAGUUCCAGAGAUAUCAGCUGAUUAUGAUCUUCCAUGACCGUCCGAUCCUCCCUCCGCCCCUCAUCGUGUUCAGUCACCUCUACCUCCUGUUCAGAAGCUUUCGCUGCACCAAGAAGAAUGAUGGAGAUCUGAAUGAGAAGGACAGAGGACUCAAGCUACGGCUAAACCCUGAGGAGCUGAAGGCUCUAUUUGAGUUUGAGGAGCAGUGUGUGGAGGAAUACUUCAGAGAGAAGGAAGACGAGCACCAUUCAUCCAGUGACCAGAGGAUCAAGGUCACAUCAGAACGGGUGGAGAACAUGUCCAUGCGUCUGGAGGAGGUGAAUGAGCGGGAGAACACCAUGAAGGCGUCCCUGCAGACGGUGGACCUUCGCCUGGCUCAGCUGGAAGACAUCCACAGCCGCAUGAUGAACGCCCUAGAGAAGCUGGCUGGGGUCGACCAUUCAGAGCUUAAACGCUCCCACUCCACACACUCCUCCUACUGCGACCCGUCCUCCCUGCUCCGAGCCAGCUCCAUCAACAGCGCUGACGGCUACAGCAUGUACCGCUUCCAGAUGGACGUGGAGGAGGCUGAGAGGAAAGCCCAGCUUGGCACUGAGAGGCAGGGCAGUGUACGGUCUCGCCUAGGGUCUGAGAGGCAGGGCAGUGUGCUGUCUCGUCUAGGGUCUGAAAGACAGGGCAGCGUACUGUCUCGUCUAGGGUCUGAAAGACAGGGCAGUGUCAGCAGAACAUCCAACCUGUCUGUAGGUCCGGAGAGACAGGGCAGUCUACAGAAAUUGUCUAGCGCAUCUACCCUGACUGUAGGCCGGGAGCGACAUGGCAGCCUACAAACUAGAGUUUCCAAGGACUACGGCCAGCCGUUAGACAUGGACAGAGCAGACAGGACACGGCCCAGCUCCUAUGUGGACAUCCUGAUCUCCCCAUGUGAACAAAGGGCUGAAGGGGAGACAGAUGGAGGAGAAACCAAGUCUGACAUACCUAAAGACAAAGUACCAGAACCCACAGAUCCACUGGAUGUUGCAUUAGCUAAAGCAGGUCUACCAAGAGAGAAGACCAAGCUGGAGAAGUCUAGAUCUGUUAAAUGCUAUCCCAGCAACCCUGUGGAUCACUGCAUUACCUCUAGAAGCAGGGCUAAGAGCACUAUCCUCUAUGACCAAACUGCUGCCAAUUGCGAGGCCCUCUGGGUUGCAGACUACAAUCCUAAACAGGAAUCCCCAGACAGUAGAGAUCCUCUGGAUAGUGCAUUAGCUAAAGAAGGUCUGCCAAGAGAGAAGUCCAAGCUGGUGGCAACCAUGUCCUCCCCAUUGGCAAAGUUUAUCCAUCCUAUCCCAUACUACCACACCACACCUCCGUUUACCCCUCGAUCCACUAGGACCAGGGCUAAAAGCAACAUCUCCCCAACCACAGCAGGGGAUGAGAGUGAGGCCCUCUGGGCUGCAGACUACAGAUCUGUGAUAGACCAGGUAUCCGAUGCUCCAGGCCAGUUGCCAGCCUGCUGGGAGUACAAGGUCCACCACAUCCACAUCGGACAACAGCCCAAGGUCUCUGUGGUCAGGCCUCAUGGCCAGCUACCUGACACACAGAGAUUCUCUGAACCUGAGCCUGAAAAACUAGAGUCUAACAUGGUUCCUCUGAUUCCACCAGCUGUAGAGACUGAACUACUUAAACCGCAUUCUGACAUGGUUCAACAAGAUGCUUUGCUGGUUCCACCAGAGGCUUUGCUGGUUCCUCCAGACAUUAAGUUGUCACCUCCUCCUCUGACUGAGCUGGAUCCUCCAGAGACUGAGUUGGUUCCACGAGUUCUUCCACUGGGUCCUCCAACUAUAGCAACAUACCUGGUUCUUCCAACCAUAAAAACACACCUGGUACCUCAAACCAUAGAGAGGGAACUAGUUAUUCCAGCUAUAGAGACUGAACUAGUUGUUCCAGCUAUAGAUACUGCACUAGUUAUUCCAGCUACAGAGACUGAACAAGAUGGUCCAACCACAUACACUGGAUUCAUUAUUCCAACCGUAGAGAGUCAGCUACUUAUUCCAACCAUAGAGAGUGAACUACUUAUUCCAUCUAUAGAGACUGAACUAUGUAUUCCAACCAUAGAGACUGAACAACUUUUUCCAACCAUAGAGACUGAACUACAAAUUCCAAUCAUAGAGACUGAACUUAAAAUUCCAAACAAAGAGACUGAACUUCUUAUUCCAACCAGAGAUUAAAAUAGUUAUUCCAGCUGUAGAGACUGAACUACCUAUUCUAACCAUAAACUAAACUAAUUCCUCCAACCAUAGAGACUGAACUAGUAAUUCCAACCAUAAACACUGAACUAGUUAUCCCAGCUAUAGAGACUGAACUAACUAUUCAAACCACAGAGAAUUAACUAGGUAUUACAACCAUAAAGAUGAAACUAGCUAUUCCAGCUAUAGAGACUGAAGUAGUUAUUCCAGCUACAGAAACUGAACUAGUUAUUCCAACCAUACAGACUGAAAUAGUUAUUCUAACAAUAGACACUGAACUAGUUCCUCAAAUAACAUAGACUGAACAAGUUAUUCCAACCACAGAGACUGAAGUAAUUAUUCCAGACAUAGAGACUGAGCAGGUUAUUCCAGCUAUACAGACUGAAAUAGUUGUUUCAAACAUUGAAGUUGAACCAGUUAUUCCAACAAUAGAGAUGUAACUAGUUAUUCCAGCUAUAGACUGAACUAGUUAUUCCAACCACAGAGACCAAACUAGUUAUUCCAACAAAAGACAAUGAACUAGUUCCUCAAAUAACAGAGACUGAACUAAUUAUUCCAGAGACAUAGUCUGAGCUAGUUAUUCCAGCUGUACAGACUGAACUGCUUAUUUCAAGUAUUGAGACUGAACAAGUUAUUCUAACAAUAGAGAGUUAAAUAGUUAUGCCAAAUAUAUACUGAACUAGUUCAUCCAAUCAUAAAGACUGAAGUAGUUAUUCCGACUAUAGCUACAGAACUAGUUAUUCUAGCCAUACAGACUAAACUAGUUGUUCCAACAAUAUACGCUGAACUAGUUCCUCCAAUAGUAAAUACUUACAUAGUUAUUCCAAACAUUAAGACUGAAAUAGUUAUUGCAAUUAUUGAGAUGGAACCAGUUAUAACAACCAUAGAGACUGAACUAGUUAUUUCAACCACACAGACUGAACUAGUUAUUUCAACAAUAUACACAUAACUAGUUCCUCAAACAACAGAGACUGAAAUAGUUAUUCCAACCAUAGUGAUUGAACUUGUUAUUCCAACCAUAGAGAAUGAAAUCAUUUUUCCAGUCAAUGAGAAUAAUCUAGUUAUUCCAGCUGUACAGACUGAACUAGUUAUUUCAACUAAACUACUUAUUCCAAUAAUAGAGACGGAAAUAGUUAUUUCAAAGAUAUGCUGAACUAGUUCCUCGAACCAUAAGAGACUGAAAAUGUUUUUCCAACCAAAGAGCUUGAGAAAGUUAUUCCAACAUUAGAGACUGAACUAGUUCCUUCAAUCAUACAGACUGAACUAGUUAUUCCAGCUAUAGAGUCUGAACUAGUUUUUCAAAGAGAGACUGAACUAGCUAUUCCAGCCAUAGACUCUGAACUAGUUAUUCCAGCCAUAGAGACAGAACUAGUUAUUCCAACAAAAGAAACCGAACUAUUUAUGUCAACAAUAUACAUUUAAAUAGUUCCUCCAGCAAGAGAUACUAAACGAAUUAUUGCAACCAUAAGACUGAACUAGUUAUUCAAAUUUUAGAGACAUAACCAGUUAUUCCAACCAUAAAGACCAAACUAGCUAUUCCAGCUAUAGAGACAGAAGUAUGUAUUACAGCUAUAGAUACUGAAGUAGUUAUUCCAGCUAUAGAGACUGAACUAGUUGUUCCAGCUAUAGAUACUGAAGUAGUUAUUCCAGCUAUAGAUACUGAACUAGGUAUUCCAGAUACAGAGACUAAACAAGUUAGUCCAACCAUAGAGACUGAACUAGGUAUUCCAACCAUAUACACCGGAUUAGUUAUACCAACCAUAGAGACUGAACUACUUAUUCCAGGUAUAGAGAGUAAACUACAUAUUCCAAGCAUAGAGGCUGAACUACAAAUUACAACCAUAAAGACUGAACUGCUUAUUCAAACUGAAGACUGAACUAGUUCCUCCAACCAUAUAGACUGAAGUAUUCCAACUAUAGAGACUGAACUAGUUCCUCCAACCAUAUAGACUGAAGUAUUCCAACUAUAGAGACUGAACUAGUUCCUCCAACCAUAUAGACUGAAGUAUUCCAACUAUAGAGACUGAACUAGUUCCUCCAACCAUAUAGACUGAAGUAUUCCAACUAUAGAGACUGAACUAGUUCCUCCAACCAUAUAGACUGAAGUAUUCCAACUAUAGAGACUGAACUAGUUCCUCCAACCAUAUAGACUGAAUUCGUUAUUAAAACCCAUGGAGACUAAACUAGUUAUUUCAAACUUAGAGACUGAAGUAGUUCCCCCAACCAUACAGACUGAAGUAUUCCAACUAUAGAGACUGAACUAGUUAUUCCAACCACAGAAAAUUAAAUAAUGUUUCCAGUCAUAGAGAUUGAUCUAGUUACUCCAGCUAUACAGACUGAACUAGUUAUUUCAAUCAUAGAGACUGAACUAGAUAUUUCAAACAUAUACUGAACUAGUUCCUCGAACCAUAGAGACUGAAUACGUUUUUCCAACCAAAGAGACUGAGCAAAUUAUUCCAACCUUAGAGACUGCACUAGUUCCUUCAAUCAUACAGACUGAACUAGUUAUUCCAGCUAUAGGGUCUGUACUAACUAUUCCAACCAUAUCAACUGAACUAGUGUUUCAAACCAUGGAGACAGAACUAGUUAUUCCAACAAUAAAAACGGAACUAUUUAUGUCAACAAUAUACAUUGAAAUAGUUCCUCCAACCAUAGAUACUGAACAAGUUAUUCCAGUUAUAGAGACCGAAGUAGUUAAUUCAACCAUGGGGACUGAACUAGUUAUUCUACUAUAUAGACUGAACUAGUUCUUCCAACCAUAGAGACUGAACUCUCCACAUAUAGAGACUGAAUUAGCUAUUCUAGCUGUAAAGACUGAACAUAUUCCAAAUAUAAAGACUGAACAAGUUAUUUCAGCUACAUACACUGAACUAAUCAUUCCAGCUUUACAGACUGACCUAGGUAUUUCAGCUACAUACACUGAACUAAUCAUUCCAGCUUUACAGACUGACCUAGGUAUUUCAGCUACAUACACUGAACUAAUCAUUCCAGCUUUACAGACUGACCUAGGUAUUUCAGCUAUAGAGAAUAAACUGGCUAUUCCAACCACAGACACUGAACUAAUUAUUCCAACCAUAGAGACUGAACUAGUUAUUCCAACCAUAGGGACUGAAAAAGCGAUUUCAGCCAUUGAGACUGAACUAAUCACCCCAACCAUUGAGACUGAACUAGUUAUAUCAACUAUAGAGACUGAUCUAGUUAUUUAAACCAUAGAGACAACUAGUUAUUCCAAAAAUAGACAUAAUUAGUUAUUUCAACCAUUGAGACUGAACUAGUUAUUCCUGCUAUAGAGACUUAAAUAGUUAUUCCAACCGCAGUGAAUGAACUAUAUAUUCCAUCCAGAGUGAUUUAACUAGCUAUUCCAACUAUAGGCUGAAUAAAUUGUUUCAACCAUUGAGACUGAACUAGUUAUUCCUACAAAAGAGACUGAAGUAGUUAUUCCAACUGUAGAGACUGAACUAGUUAUUCCAAGCAAAAAGGCUGAACUAGUUAUACCAGCUAUAGUGAUUGAACUACACAUUACUACCAAAGUGAUUGAAUUAGUUAUUCUAACCGUAGAGACUGAUCUAGUUAUUCCAACCAUAGAGACUGAAAAAGUUCCUCCUGCAAUAGAGACUGAAGUAGUUAUCUAGUUAUUCCAACCAUAGAGACUGAACUAGUUAUUCCAAACAACAGACUGAGCUAGUUAUUCUAACCAUAGACACUUUUUUUAUUUUUGCUACGGGUGGGUGCUGCUAUGGUGACCAGUGAGCUGAGAUAAGGCGGGGCUUUACCUAGCAAAGACUUA